AUGAUUCGGAAAAGAAAAUCAAAGGUGGAGGAAAAUGAACAGGUCGAAUUGGGCAAGGAGCAGGAGUUAAUGGAAGGACAGUGUUCAUUCACCAAAAAGGAUUCGGCUAUGAAAAUUGUAGAGGAUAUAAAGGGGACAGGGGAGGAGGUGAAGUACACGCAGGUUAAAGAAUCACGAAUAUUAGACAAGAUGUCGUAUGUCUCCUCCCCCAAGGGCAGCGCUCAUCUUAGAGAAAAAAAAAGUAGCGUUCGAAGCUAUGAUGAAAUGAAAGGGGGAGAAAAUUCCACACAUGAGGAAAAUGCAGACAAGGAAGAAAUAAUCGGACGAUCAACUACAAUGGAACAAUUAAAUUACGAACCCUCCCCAAGUAUGUACAGAUCGAAGACUCACAAAAAUGAGCAAGUGAAAUUUAAAGGCAUCGACGAAUUGUGCAAUAAAUACGAUACGGAGGUACAAAAUUUGCUAGAUAAUUUUGAUCGCCUCAGUUUUUCUUGGUUAUUUAAAAACCCCUUUGGCUCCACAAUUAUCAGAGAUGAAAAAAUUAUCAGAAUUUUUUACUACUCUGGGUUCUGCCUUCUGCCAUAUUUAGGAUGGGUCAUAGCUUCAAUUUUUGGAUCCUUCUGCAAAGACAGAAAUAAUAAAAAUAUCGCAUCGUUACGAAUUAUCAGCUCCAUCCAGUGUGCCUUCUUCGGAUUGAUGAUUGUGCUAAUAAUGGCAGUUAUUAACAUGAACAACAGAAGCGUGCUACAGUGCAAAUAUGACGGAAUAUCAAUUAAAAAAAAGCUGGUGAAUGACAGCAAAUACAACGUUGUGUUUUUUGGACCGAUGAGCACCGACGACUGGAUGAGCUCGAGGCUAGCCAAAAUCGCGGAGGACCUGCAGUUCAAUGUCUACACCAUUAGUUACCCGAAUAUCAAGAAUAAACUAAUCAAAAGAAAGCGCCAUGUCUUUUUGAAGGACGCCUUAGCAUGCGCAAAGUUAAAAUAUUCCCGUGUUAUCCUGUUUUCCUUUCAAAUAGAAAGCGCCGUGAAUUUCACCAUUCCGUUUCUUGAGAGAAGGGAAGUUCUCGGGUUUUUGAGCUACUCCAAAAAGUAUCCCAAAAAGGCUCCCAUGCUAGAGAACCAAGGACAGGAAGACAUAAUUUAUUUCACGCCCGAUGAAAAGAAUUUAUAUGAUAUUUACAUCUCCUUAAGGUUGAGGAUGUGUAAAAAUGAGCAAAAAAAAUACUACAACAUUUUGCACAUAAUACACCGCAGCUUCAAUAAGUAUCGGAUUAGAUGCGCGCAAAAUUUAGCAGAAGACUACAGUAUAAUUGUGAAUAACUUUAACUUCAACACCAUUGGUGUGGAGGACAAGGGAGAAAAAUACGAAGAUGACGAUUUCAAGGAAGUGAUAGACGACUUUUAUCAGUACUUGGCAUUCGUCCGAGAUAUUAUUUCACAGAAGAAUUUGGAAUUUUACAGGAAAAUGCUCUGCAAAAAUACGAUGUGCGAUUCGAAAGGGUCAGUAUGUGUGCUUUGA